UACCACCCUGGGUCCAGCUGUUGACAUGCUCAGAGCAGCGGGUGGCCCGCCCUGUCUGAGCAGCGUCAUGGCUGCUCAGCAUAGGCUCGGCUUCAGGAACCGCCCUCUGGCACCUGGUCUAUAUUAGUUCUCCUCCAACAGGAAGAAUUUUCUUUCGCUGGCCCAGCUGGUCCGGUUACCUUCAGGAAGAUUGGAUAAUCAAGAAAUGCAAGAGUCUGCUGUGCAUUUGAAAAUGAUGCCAGAAUUCCAGAAAAGUUCAGUUCGAAUCAAGAAUCCUACACGAGUAGAAGAAAUCAUCUGUGGUCUUAUCAAAGGAGGAGCUGCCAAACUUCAGAUAAUCACAGACUUUGAUAUGACACUGAGUAGAUUCUCCUAUGAAGGCAAAAGGUGCCCAACAUGUCAUAAUGUCAUUGACAACUGCAAGUUUGUUACUGACGAGUGUCGAAAGAAGUUGCUGGAGCUGAAGGAGAAGUACUAUGCCAUCGAAGUUGACCCUGUCCUCACUGUGGAAGAGAAAUGCCCAUUCAUCGUGGAGUGGUAUACUAAAUCACAUGGUUUGCUUGUUGAACAAGGUAUACAGAAAGCUAAACUUAAAGAAAUUGUGGCUGAAUCUGACAUCAUGCUCAAGGAAGGCUAUAAGAAUUUCUUCGAUAAGUUGCGUCAGCACGACGUGCCUGUGUUCAUCUUUUCGGCUGGAAUUGGUGAUGUCCUGGAGGAAGUCAUCCGCCAAGCUGGAGUUUAUUAUCCAAAUGUCAGAGUCGUGUCCAACUUCAUGGACUUCGACGAAAAGGGGGUGCUGAGGGGUUUUAAGGGAGAGCUGAUCCACGUAUUUAACAAGCACAAUGGUGCCUUGAAGAACAGUGACUGUUUCGGCCAAGUGAGGGACAACAGUAAUGUCAUCCUCCUGGGGGACUCCCAAGGAGACCCACGGAUGGCCGAUGGAGUCGCCAACAUCCAGCAUGUCCUGAAAAUCGGCUAUCUAAAUGACCGGGUAGAAGAGCUUUUGGAAAAAUACAUGGACUCUUAUGAUAUUGUUUUAGUCAAAGAUGAAUCACUGGAGGUGGCCAACUCUAUUUUUCAGAAGAUUCUAUAACAAGUGUUUUUGCCUUGGGCACAGCCAUACAAUCUCCCCAUCCAUUGUGCUGAUGAACUCCUGUUUAUAAUGUGGUUGCUCUUGAAGUUUUCACUCUGUGUGGUUGAAGUGCUUUCAGAGGCGUCCAUUGUCAGCUGGAAACACCUCAUGUCCACCUCAAGACACUCCUCGCCACAUUUUUAAAACUGAUUUUUUAACAACUUAAAGCCAAAAUUAGAAACAUAUCUCCCCACUCAUCCAGAGUGAGCCAUUUGUUUAAAGGUUUCAUGAGGUCUUCAACCACAGGGACAUUUGUAGCAUUUUUAUGAAAUGGUGACAAUCUG